AUGGCCGGUUUACUCGCACUCGGAGCGUUGGUUGCUCUCCCUCUGGCAUCUGCUCAGUCGGCUGGUACCCCAGAUGCUCAUCCUCAACUGGUGACUUACAAAUGUACCACCAGUGGUGGCUGCCAGGCGCAGAACACCUCUGUGGUCCUCGAUUUCAACUCCCACUGGAUCCACCAAACAAACGACAGCAGCGCUUCCUGCCUCAGCAAUGGCAGCCUUGACAGCAGUCUCUGCCCAGACACUGAAACCUGCACCAAGAACUGCGUUGUUGAUGGGACCACAAACUAUACAGCCACCGGUGUCUCGACAUCGGGCAGCUCCCUCACCAUGAACCAAUUCACCGCUGGUAGUGACGGCGACCUCGAAGUGACAUCCUCGCGGUUGUAUCUCUUCGACGGCGCGAGUAACAGUUAUGUCCAAUUCCAGAUGCUCAACCAAGAGCUCUCUUUCGACGUUGAUGUGUCUACUCUAGUAUGCGGUAUGAAUGGUGCCCUCUAUUUCUCCGAGAUGGAAUCUUCCGGUGGCCAAAGCUCAGAGAGCCCUGCCGGUGCUGCAUUUGGAGCUGGAUACUGUGAUGCCCAGUGCCCCAAACUUGACUGGCUCAACGGCACUGUCAACACCAACGAUCUCGGCGCUUGCUGUAGUGAGAUGGAUCUCUGGGAAGCCAAUGCCUACGCUACCCAGCUGACUCCGCAUCCAUGCACCGAACCUGGUCUCUACGCCUGCUCCGGCGACGAGUGCGGCUCAUCGGGGGUUUGCGAGGAAGCCGGAUGCGGAUUCAACCCAUACGCUAUGGGAGAUCAGGAUUUCUACAAACCUGGCGGCACCGUCGACACCAACCACCCAUUCACGGUCGUGACGCAGUUCCUCACCAACGACAACACGACCAGCGGCUCGCUUUCUGAGAUUCGCCGGCUGUACGUCCAGAACGGAACAGUUAUUCAGAAUGCUGUUGCGACUGUAUCGUCUGUUGCCGGAAACAAUUCGAUUAACGGCGACUAUUGCUCUGCGACGGACUCGGCUUAUUCGACCUGGGGCGGACUACCGACUUCGGGUGAGGCUCUUGAGCGUGGUAUGACGUUGGUGUUUAGUAUUUGGGAUGAUAGUAGUGCCUUUAUGAACUGGCUCGAUAGUGGAAGUGCAGGGCCAUGCGACAGCACAGAGGGAGACCCGUCGACAAUCCAAGCCAACGCCCCUAACACCUCGGUGACCUUUUCGAACAUCAAGUGGGGAGAUAUCGGGUCGACCUACGGCUCGGGUUCUACUUCGAAACUGGCAUCCAGACAUGCGCACAACCAUAUUAGGAAAUCGUGGCAUUAG